UGUGCUUUGUUCUGAGACUCGUUGGUCUUGAAAUAUUAAAUACCGGCAGCUUUUGACUUUUGGGUUCGGGUCUCAUUUGGAUGGUGAGUUCUGCUGCUAGAUCCAGCGGUUUCUGUGUGAGACCUUGUUGGCGAGUGACUGUACAGUGGGAGUUUGAGAGGGAGAUAUUUGGCAGGCAGAGAGAAGGGGGAUUUAGGAGAGCUGUCAUUGUCUCUCAUGUCACUGUUCUGCCCCGAGGGCUCGACCUCUGCCUCCGCGUCUGAAAAAUAACCUGCAACUGCUGAAGUGGAAGUUGGAGAGAGGCGCAGGGGGGCGGCAUCAGACACGAACGCAGAGACCGGGUGUAAAACAAGUGAAGAAAGAAAGAUAGAUUUCACAUUUGCUAUUUUUCCAGUGGAGGAGAGGAGGACGCGUGUAUGUGGGCCAAUCAGACUACCAGGACCAGAGGCUGGGGGUUUCUAUAUAUAAUUACGCUGCUUUUUCUCUUUGAGGGAAACGCAAAGAGAAGUGCAGGGAUAAUAGCAGAGUGGAGGGGAGGAGAGAGCAGACAAGGAGUUCAGAGCCGAGGGGACGGGAGGACAGGAGCUGAGCGCAGCCCGACACAGGAGAGAUGGAUUCUGGCUGAGACCCAGCCAUGACCUCGACAGUCCAGCUGCAGGGAAAAGGUCAAAUCAGAAUGAAGUCUCCAUUUUCAAGAAGGAGGAACUGACUUGAGGAAUCAUGAGCGCGACCACAACUGGAAGCCCAAAUAUGGAGGUGACAGUGGUCACCCAGGAGAUGGCGUUGCUGAGCAACAUAUUGGCAGCUUACACCUUCAUUGUUGACCAGCCUGAGCGGACCACGCUGGUGUUUGUCAGCGGUGUGUGUGCUGGUCUUCUGGUCACUCUCUGUGCCAUCGUCUUCCAGAUUCACUGUCGAGCCGACUGCCACUUUGGCAACAGUAGCAAUCCUCACCAUCUUCAUCGUCUGCACCAUCCUCACCAUCACCACCACCACCAUCAUCAUCACCGCCACAGAAACAAGCCGUACCGCCACCGUGUGGGCUGUCCGCUGCACCAGCCCUUGGACAGCAAUCCAGACAGCAUGGCGGUCGUUUCUGCUGAACCCCAGACUCGCGACCAUGAACCGGACGACUGGGAUGAAACCUAUGACCUGUCUUCGAGGAGGCGGCAACGUUUUGAGAGAGCUCUCCUGAGAGCUGGACUCUACACCUCAGCUGAAGAGCUGGACCGAGCCCAGCGGCUAGAGGAGCGCGAACGAGUCCUCCGAGAGAUCUGGAUGAAUGGACAGCCGGACAUCAGCACAGUCACUCAAAGCCUCAACAGAUAUUACUGACUGACCCAGAGGCUCACAAAGAAACAACCAAAG